UCUGACAGCGGUGCUUGGAGCCGAGAGGGUCAGGGGGAGGAGAGGCAAAGGGAGUGGAGCGAGGAAAAAACGGACAGGCGGCGAUCCAGCGGCGACGACAGCGGCGGGCGACCAACACAUUCCCCAGCCGGGACCGUUCGCGCGGGCCGCCGGUGCCGCCGAUGCUCCUCCGCCGCCGCCGCGAGCCGCCGAGCGCACGGAGCGCGGUCCCGACGCGGAACACAGCGAGAGGAUGAUCACGGAUCCGUGGAGAUAGAGGCCUGGCAGCGGAGACCGGUCCCCUCGUUCACCUUGGUCUCUGAUCUCCAAACAUCUGGAGCUGGGUGACGCGACCGGGGCACAUUUUGACCCUUUUGAUCCAGUCCCUCCCUCCCUCCCUGCCACCGAGCCCGGCAGUGUGGCCCCCUCCUCGCUUCUUCAACACUUCGCCCAGGGGGAUAAAUGAGUGAACCGGCGGCGAGGGAAAGGGCGGGGACAUGUACCAGAACCCCAACAGAAUGUCCUGGUUCAGUGGUUACCUAGUCGCCAGAGUGGACGACCGAAAGACUGCGUGGGGGGAGCGCAAUGGCAAGAGGUCCAAGCGGAAGGGAGGCUCAUCUCUCUGCAACCCGCGAUACAUGAGCUGUCUGCGGGACCCGGACGCCAUGGAGCCCCCCUCCGGGGCCCCCCUCCAUCAGCACCACCGCGGAGGGGGGGCAGGGGCGGUGGGCGGCGGCGGCAACUUUGGCGUCCGCUGCGGCUGGCAGGAGGACCACUACGGCAAGAGGGGAGCGGCCCCCGGGGAAGGGGUGGGCCUGAAGUCGGUCGACCUGGGCUUCGACGACGGCGAUCUCAAAGGACGGAAAGGGGGAUGUAACGGGGGAGGCGGGGACGCGGGCGACGAGGGUCCCAACGGCGCGGCGGGGGUGGUGACGGCCGCGGACUGCUGGCUCCGGGUGGUGCGGGUGUUCCAGUCCAAAAAAUUCCAGUCGCGCAAGCUGGAGCGCUUGUACCAGCGCUACUUCUUCAGGCUGAACCAGAGCUCCCUGACGAUGCUCAUGGGCGUGCUGGUGAUCGUGUGCGGCAUCAUGCUGACCUUCCACUGUGUCCACGCCGCCCCGCACGUGGCCUACUCGUCGGCGCUGUCGGUGGCGAUGGCGCUCUUCAUGGCGCUCAUGGUGGUCUGCAACCGCAGCGGCUUCCACCAGGACUACAUGUGGAUGGUCAGCUACCUGGUGAUCGGCGUGCUGGUGUCGGUGCAGGUGUUCGGCGUGCUCAUGGUGGCGCCGCGGAGCGCCUCCGAGGGCAUAUGGUGGUCCGUGUUCUUCAUCUACAUCAUCUACACGCUGCUGCCCGUGAGGAUGCGCGCGGCCGUGCUGAGCGGCGCCGUGCUGUCCGUCAUACACGUGGUCACCACCUGUCAGAUCAACCAGGAAGACGAGUUCCUCUGGAAACAGGUGAGCGCUAACGUCCUGAUCUUCCUCUGCACCAACAUCAUCGGCAUCUGCACCCACUACCCCGCCGAGGUCUCCCAGAGACAAGCCUUCCAGGAGACCAGAGGAUACAUCCAGGCCCGACUACACCUGCAGAGGGAGAACCAGCAACAGGAACGUCUGUUGCUGUCGGUGUUGCCGAGGCACGUCGCCAUGGAGAUGAAGGCUGACAUCAAUGCCAAGAAGGAAGACAUGAUGUUUCACAAGAUCUAUAUCCAGAAACACGACAACGUCAGCAUCCUGUUUGCAGACAUCGAGGGCUUCACCAGCCUGGCGUCUCAGUGCACCGCUCAGGAACUGGUCAUGACGCUCAACGAACUCUUUGCCCGUUUCGACAAACUGGCGUCGGAGAACCACUGUCUACGUAUCAAGAUUCUGGGGGAUUGUUACUACUGUGUGUCCGGGCUGCCGGAGCCGCGGGCCGACCACGCCCACUGCUGCGUGGAGAUGGGCGUCGACAUGAUCGAGGCCAUCUCGUUGGUGCGCGAGGUGACGGGGGUCAACGUCAACAUGCGCGUCGGCAUCCACAGCGGGCGCGUGCACUGCGGCGUGCUGGGACUCAGGAAGUGGCAGUUUGACGUGUGGUCGAACGACGUCACGCUGGCCAAUCACAUGGAGGCGGGAGGCAAAGCAGGGCGGAUCCACAUCACCAAGGCCACGCUGCAGUACCUGAACGGAGACUACGAGGUGGAGCCCGGGUUCGGGGGCGAGAGGAACGCGUAUCUGAAGGAGAACAGCAUCGAGACCUUCCUGGUCCUGGGCUGCAGCCAGAAACGGAAGGAGGAGAAGGCGGUGAUGGCGAAGAUGCAGCGGACGAGAGCCAACUCCAACGAGGGGCUGAUGCCGCGCUGGGUCCCGGACAGAACCUUCGCCAGGACCAAAGACUCCAAGGUCUUCAGGCAAAUGGGGAUCGACGAGAGCUCCAGCAAAGACAACCGCUGCGUUCAGGAGGCCAUGAACCCGGAGGACGAGGUGGACGAGUUUCUCGGACGAGCCAUCGACGCCCGCAGCAUCGACCAGCUGAGGAAAGACCACGUGAAGAAGUUUCUUCUCACCUUCCAGACGUCCAGCCUGGAGAAAAAGUAUUCCAAGAAGGUGGACGAUCGUUUCGGAGGAUACGUCGCCUGUACUCUACUCGUGUUCUGCUUCAUAUCCUUCAUACAGAUCGUCAUCUUUCCACACACGCCGGUCAUGCUGGGCAUCUACAUCAGUAUCUUCUUCAUCCUCGCCAACAUCCUCUUCAUCUGUGCCAUAUACUCCUGCAUCAAGCUCUUUCCGGCGGCGAUGCAGACGGUUUCGAAGAAGAUUGUCCAGUCGCGCACCAACAGCACGCUGGUCGGAGUUUUCACCAUCAUCCUCGUCUUCAUCUCCGCCUUCGUUAAUAUGUUUGCCUGUGACACCACGAGCCUGGCUUCCUGCGUCGCGGAGAAGCUGAACACGUCCGCAGCGCUGGUGACGCCGUGUCUGAUCCGCAGCCUGAACGUGUCCGCGGAGGGGGGGCUGGAGAUCUGCCCCAGCCGGGGCCCGUCCUGCCCCUUUCCCGAGUACUUCAGCUACAGCGUGCUGCUGACGCUGCUCGCCUGCUCCGUGUUCCUGCAGAUCAGCAGCAUCGGGAAGCUCGCGCUCAUGCUGCUCAUCCAGCUCGUCUUCCUGCUGCUGGUCGAGUGGCCGCAGGUGGCGCUGUUCGACAACGCCGACCUCUUCGUCACCUCCAACGCCAUUGAUUUAAAUGAAACUAGUGCUCAAUGGUCCAGUUUCAAUGAAACUACAAACCAGUGCCCAUUUGUUGUGACCAAAGUGUCCCUGAGGGUCAUGACGCCGGUGAUCCUCACCGUCUUCGUCCUGGCGCUGUACCUUCACGCGCAGCAGGUCGAGUCGACCGCGCGCCUCGACUUCCUGUGGAAACUACAGGCCACAGAGGAGAAGGAGGAGAUGGAGGAGCUUCAGGCGUACAACCGUCGCCUCCUCCACAACAUCCUGCCCAAGGACGUCGCCGCCCACUUCCUGGCGCGCGAGCGGCGCAACGACGAGCUGUACUACCAGUCGUGCGAGUGCGUGGCCGUCAUGUUCGCCUCCAUCAGCAACUUCUCCGAGUUCUACGUGGAGCUGGAGGCCAACAACGAGGGCGUGGAGUGUCUGCGGCUGCUCAACGAGAUCAUCGCCGACUUCGACGAGAUCAUCAGCGAGGAGAAGUUCAGGCAGCUGGAAAAGAUCAAAACCAUCGGCUCCACCUACAUGGCGGCCUCGGGCCUCAACGACUCCACCUACGACCGGAAGGGGCGGAGCCACAUCACGGCGCUGGCCGACUACGCCAUGCGACUCCGAGAGCAGAUGAAAUACAUCAACGAGCAUUCUUUCAACAACUUCCAGAUGAAGAUAGGUCUGAACAUCGGGCCGGUGGUCGCCGGGGUCAUCGGAGCGCGGAAGCCUCAGUACGAUAUCUGGGGGAACACGGUGAACGUGGCGAGUCGCAUGGACAGUACAGGUGUACCGGACCGCAUCCAGGUGACCACGGACCUCCACCAGGUGCUCACAUACAAAGGCUACGUGCUGGAGUGUCGAGGGGUCGUCAAGGUCAAAGGUAAAGGGGAAAUGACGACCUACUUCCUGAACGACGGACCGCCCAACAGUUAGCAGCCGCGGCGGCAGCGGCAGCGGACGCUGGGACGGUUUCCCGCCACACGGACUCGGCUCCACCGAGCGAGGGAACGGCCACCGACUCGGGACGCCACAUCACUUGAAUCCCAGAGCAAAGAGGGGGGAAAAUAAUUAAACUUUCAAAAGGAAAAGUGUUCUUGACGAGUGGAAGGAUGUUCUCGGUUCGGCAGCCAUUGUGGGGCCCAGAUCCACGCCGGAGGAGCGGUGUUUCCCUCGUGUCUGGCCUCGCGCUCCGGCUUCUCGAAAGAUGCAAAGUCUGUUUAUUUAAGAAAAAAACAAAACGCCUUUUAGCCUGUGUCAAAAGAAGAUUAACGCUGUACAUAAGGCUACUUUAAUUUUACUUUGUGUUAUUUUUUUCUUCUUCUUCUACCCCCCCCCCCCCCUUUAAUUUUUCUUUUCACUUGAAUUAUGAAACAGGUACUCAUGUUUUUUUUUGUUUUUCUGGGUUUAUUAUUUAUUUCGAUCUCGAUGUUAUGUGCAAAAAGGUCCUUUAUGAAAAAGUGUGAAUACAUACGUGCACAAAUAUCCAGUUUAUUACACGUCCACACGAGUGUGUAUGCACAUGCAUAUUUGUGCGUGCGUAUGAAUAUAUAUGUAUAAAACCAGAGGAGGAAUAUAUUGACCAAAGACUAAAAGUAUUUACUUCAAGCAAAGCGAGACGUGUGUGAUAUGUUCUCGCCCGACGUCGGCAGCGACUUGACAUGAACCCUUUGUCUUUUUUGCUCGUUAUUUUUCAUAAGUAUGUACAAAUUCAUUGAUUUUUUUGUCUGUCUGUCAUCCAGGCAGCAAAAAAAGAAAAAAAUAAGCUAAUCAAAUUAAUUCUGAAUCACGGGGCGUUGCCCUUUGACCUCUAGGCGGGAAACGAACCACGGACGAGCUGAGGACGAUGUUGAGAAGUGAAAUAUGAAAUCUAUAUUUUUGAAUCUCUCCCUCCAGCUAGAACAAGGAUCCUGUUCUUCUCCAUCUUCAUCGCGUCACGUCGGUUCCUCGGAGCUCGAGCAGCCGUAACAGUAUGUCAUCAUCAGCCCCCCCCCCCCUUUUCAAAGAAGUAUUUUUUGGUGCGAACGGAAAAUGAAGGAACUUAGAUCAGUCGAUUCUUCUAUGAAGAAGAAAAUAGAUGAAGGAAGAGAAGGAAAAAAAGGAAAAAAGAAACAUGUAUUGAUUUUGACUGAAUACUGUGCUUUGUAAUCCUGGACGGGGCAAAACUAUUUUCACUGUGAGGUUUUUAUGAUACGACAAAAACUUGCUUUUUUCUUGCCAAACAUAACCGCUUUUGACGCAUGUCUGAUCGUGGUGUCCUCGUUUUCAUUUCCGUUUAGUUUUUUCGCCAUAGGGUAUUUUCUAUCACUUCUGUAUCCAUCAUUUGUAUAUUCUUAAUGUUCUGAUUAUUAUUAUUAUUAUUAGUAUGAUGAUUCCGAUUAAUUAUUAUGCUUAUUGUGAUGACUUCAUUCCGACCCCAGCGCGCUUCUUCUUCGUUUAAACGCCAGUCGGAAAAAAAAAAGCUCAAGCUCACUGGUACCAACUGAUCAACCGCAGCCGGCGGAUUCUGCUGCUCGAGCCUCUAACGUACGAUCCAGUAUUUUACAUCUGGUGCGAUCAUGUACAGUACAGGAGCUAAUAACCAUGAGAGCCCGCUUUCGUUUUUUAAUUUAAUUUAAUUUUCAUUUAUGCCACUGCUGCAGUAUUUGUAAAUCUCAGUGCGACUUUGAGACGACCUCCCUUCACAUUGAAACUUCUGAGUACAGCAGUGACACGUGACACCGUGUGAACAGAGCAGAAUGAGUCGGUCCACACACACACACACACACACACACACACACACACACACACACACACACACAUAUAUUUCCUUUUAUUGUUUUCAGCGAAUACAAAAGCCCCAAAUGGCUGAAAGUUUAAUUGCCUUAAGUUAAUAUGAAAGUGCUGUUCGGACGGAGCUCUUCACACACACACACACACACAGACACACACACACACACACACACCACGGUACAGCAACUCGAGAUAAGGGAGAUGAACCAACUGUCACGUGAACUGCGACCAAGCAACAGUGACUCAUAUAAGCAGAGAGUUUAUAGAAAGGACAUGAGUUUAUAUAUAUAUUAAAAAAAAGUGCAUUGUAUGUAUUCUAUUUCUAUUGGUUGUCCAUAGACUUGUGUUGAUUGUUAACUCUUGGGAUGUUUUUUUGGGGGGGGGGCCCUCGGCCCCCUCGGCCCCCGGCCCCUCGGCCCCUCGGCCCCUCGGCCCCUCAGUACUACUGAAACAGUGUUUUUUGUUUUGUUUUUUUUGCUCAGGCCCUGAGGAAUCCUUCCGUAUUUAGUUUUUGAGUUUUUUAUUUGUAUUUUCCCCUGAGUCGGAGGAGUUUCUGGAGGCGAGGGGAGUGUUGAAGGACAAGAAGAGUGGAGGACUAUGACAAAGAGAAAAAUAACAUUUCCCCUUGAAGAAAAAAUAAAUUUAAAAAAUCAA